AUGAACUUCCGGGAUAACGGGCGAGGAAUGGAAAAAAUGCUGAUUCCCCCCACCCCCCCUCCGGCAUCCUUCACAGCAGGAGAAAACGGAAAAGGGAUUCCCUCACCUCCCUUCUACGGGUCCUCGUUGUUGCUUCAGUUUCACGUCCUUCGGGUGAUGAUGCAGAUGAUCGACGACUACCUCGAAGGGGUUCUCUUUCUGGAUAAAUCGCUCGUCGUGCGAAACCUGCGGAGUCGCCGGAUAACGCGUCAGAUCGUGGGUUGGGGGUUACGCCUGACCUCACGGACGAUUUUGGAUACCAUUUUACUCAGCAUCGUCACCCCCAUCCUGCUCGCGAGUGCCGAUCACUUUCCGAAUACGUUUUCGAAUAUCCGCGUUACCCCUUCUGGGAUCUUGCGGGGGUUGGGUUGUGGGGCCGCAGGGGUAUUGUUGCAAGGGGUGGUGAUCCCGAUCGUCAGCCAACUCGUGAAUCGCGGCGUCGUAACGGUGUUUGAAGGGGUGGAAUAUGUUCUCCUCCGGCGAUACGCCACCUUCUCGCCAGACGACGACGACGACGACGACGAGGACGAAAAUGAAGAAGAAGGAGAAGGCGAAGGAGAAGGAGAGGAAGGGGAUGCGGUAAGUAGUCAAGCGGGCUCCCUGCGAUCCCACCCCCUUGAGUCCGACGCCGAAGGGGUGGAAUCGAAGCGGCCGGCCGCUUCGUUCCCUCCCACCUCCUCCUCUCACGCCGAACCCGACGAGGUGGGGGCGAGGCAAUUACGUCGGAAACUUCGCCGCGAGGCGCGGGAAUUUCGUCGGCAACGACGGGCGCGGAUCGCGCGACGGGAGGCCGCGGCGCGGCAGGCCGUUCUCCGCGCGAUUCUCUACCGCGUCUCGGCGGCCCUCGUCGCGCAGUGCGCGGUGGAGCAUCCGUUGAACGUCCUCGUGGAGCUUCUACGCGGUCGCGCGAUGAUGCAUGGGGGGGGUCUGCUCCGUUGCUACGACGAGACCACGGGCGAGGACGCGAUGGGUUGGGUGGGGUUGAAGCGCUUCGCGUGGAAACUUUUUUGCCCGGCGGCGCGAGGCGAGGGGGAUGGGAUUCCGCAUGGGGUGUGGCUGCUUCGCCAGCUCGGGGCCGCCAUCGGGGAGGAGAUUCAGGUGUUGACGGCGUGCAUCCAAACCGCCUCGGGGCAGUCGGAGGCGAUUUAUCGAUUGAAGCGAUACGCGAUCGAUACAAUCCGCGCAGGUGGACGACCCUCGGCGUGGGAGAGUGCGGAGUUAAUGGUGCGCUGCGCGCUCUCUUUUGGACCCCUUUAUUAUGAUACGCAGCUGACGGCGCUGGAUAAGCUCUUGGGGUUUUACAUGGCGAUCUGGACGCGUUUGACAAAAAUGUAG